AUGGCAGCAAAGCCUCAACCUAAAAUUAAAGUUAUUUUCCUUGGAUCUGCGGGUGUUGGAAAAACCAGCAUUAUUCAGCAUUUCAUGUAUUCAUCGUUUAAUGGUGCUUAUGAAACUACAAUUGGAAUUGACUUUUUUAUGAAGUCAAUUCCUGUUAAUGGUCAGCCAGUAAAUCUCCAAAUAUGGGAUACGGCAGGUCAAGAGCAGUUUAAAUCGCUCACUCCUGGAUAUAUCAGGGAAGCGCAAGUUGUUGUUCUCGUUUACGACACUUCUGAUCCAAAAACACUAGAAGCUACAAAAGAUUGGUAUAAUUCAGUUCUAGAAAUAUUAGGAACCCCUCCAAUUUUGUUUUUAGUUGGAAAUAAAAUCGAUUUAGGUAAAAACGUUAAUCCUCAAGACGUUAAAGCUGUUGCAAAUGGAAAAAUGACAACCAUGGAAACAUCAGCUAAGACUGGUGAUGGAAUUAUUGCUCUAUUUAAAGCGAUCGCUGAAUCUAUUAACGCAGAGCCUACACCUUCGCCUACAUCGCAGCAUGUUGAAAUCACUGCAACUCCUGUUCCUGUUCAAAAAAAGGAAGGCUGCUGCUGA